CGAGAGGCGAGAACAAGUUAGAAAUGUUUAAACAAAAGUGUGCGUAAGAGAGAUAUACAAGCGAUGUAUAUAUAACUCAAAAUUACACCUGUACUUCGAUCUCUUCUUCUCUUCUGGACAAUCUGCAAUUUAUUCGGAAGGAAUUUGACUAAGGACAACCUUUUGGAUGUUCACAACUGAUCUCUGAUUCUCUAUAAGCUUUAUGGCUAAAAUUAAACCUCAAGCUCUACUGCAGCAAAGCAAGAAAAAGAAGGGGCCUAGAAAUAUUAGUGUGUCUACAGUUGUGCUCUAUGGCGUACUUGUCGUUUUAUUGGUGUUCUUCGUGUUAGCCUCAUACAGACAUGUGACUGAAAGGUCAAGGGUUCAGACAAAAGAUGGUUUACCAAUACGUAAGAAUUUAGGUGCUUAUGGUGGUUCCAAGAAAUCAGAUUUUCCUAGAUACGCAAUUUUCAAUACUUCUAAGGGUAUGAUCUCUGUGGAACUAUACAAGGAUGGUGUUCCUGAUGUUGUUAAUGAAUUUAUUGAUGCUUGUCAGAUGGGACAAUUAAAAGGGAUGCAAUUUCACCGUGUAAUCAAGAAUUUUGUAAUACAAGGUGGUGAUUUUGACAAUGAAAUUACAGAAGAAUGGACAUCAAAGGGAAAACACUACGACCAACUGGAUACAAGCGUGAAGCAUGAAGCAUUUAUGAUAUGUACUUCUAAGGGAAAACGUGACAAAGAAGGGUUUGAGCUAUUUAUAACUACCGCCCCAAUUCCGGAUCUAAAUAAGAAGCUUCACGUGUUUGGUCGUGUUAUCAAAGGAGAAGACGUUGUUCAGGAAAUUGAAGAAGUUGACACAGAUGAACAUUUUCGACCCAAAUCUUGGAUAGGGAUCACUGAUGUGACAUUGGAGCGGAAGAUCUAAAGCUUGUAUUUGCAUAGUCAGAUUUAUAUAUUGAGCAGGCAUAUACAUAUGGUAUUCUAUCUAUUCUCAAAAUUUACCAGUGUCCAGCAUUUUUACUGUAUUUGCACUACUGACAAGUAUAUGUAACAGUGUAGAACUUUUGAAGCAAUUUCAUUUGGUUUGAAAAUUUAUGUAGUUCAAAUGUUAGCUUAUAUACGCUAAUAUGUAUAAGUUUCUAUUUUAACUUGUA